UUUCUGGAAUGGGUCAUCCGUUAUGAGUCGGGCUCUACGUCUGUUUUGCACUAUUUGGAUGACUUUCUUUUUGUUUCUCCAGGGUCUGGUGAUGGUUGCUUGUUAUUGCUGAAUCUGUUUUUGGAGAGGAUGGCGCAGUUUGGGGUUCCGAUUUCCGUGGAGAAAACAGAAGGCCCGGUCACGUGUUUAUCGUUUCUGGGUAUUGAGAUUGACACGGUUGAUAUGGUUUUUCGAUUACCGGGUGAUAAGCUUCAGAAGCUUUUGGAUUUAAUUGAUGGGUUUUUGGCAGUUAAGAAGGUUACACUCCUGCAGAUGCAGUCUCUUUUGGGUCUCUUGUGCUUUGCUUGUAGGGUGAUGCCCAUGGGCCGUGUUUUUGCCCGCCGUUUAUCUUUAGCCACUAGGGGUGUCCAGUCCCCCCGUCAUCGCAUCCGGAUCACUGCGUCACUGAAGGAGGACUUGAGGGUCUGGAAGGCUUUUCUACGUUCUUUCAAUGGUCAUACCUGUUACAUGUCUGUGGUUACCCCUAACUCUGAACUGUCCCUGUUUUCGGAUGCUUCCGGGUCCUGCGGCUUUGGUACGAUUUUGGGGGUGGAAUGGUGUGCCGGUGAGUGGCCUGACGCAUGGCGAGUGAAUGGUUUGUGCAAGAACCUUACGUUAUUGGAGUUGUUCCCGAUUGUGGUGGCAGUGGAGUUGUGGAGGGACCGGUUGUCCAAUACGCACGUUUCUUUUUGGACGGACAAUUUGAGUGUGGUUUAUGCUGUCAAUACUUUGUCUUCCUCUUCCCUCCCGGUUCUGGCGUUGCUCCGGCAUCUCGUACUUCGGUGCCUUGAGUGUAAUAUCUAUUUUAGGGCUCGUCAUGUUCCUGGUGUUGACAAUAAAAUUGCUGAUGCUCUUUCCCGUUUUCGUUGGCAGGAUUUCAGGUCUUUUCUUCCGGGAGCGGAUUUGGAGGGCAGGGAAUGCCCGUCGUACCUGUGGGACCUGGUGGACAGGAGCUGAUGUCGCUGGUUCGAUCGUCUGUUUCCCCGGCUACUUGGCAGGCGCAUGGUCCUGGGCGUCCGGCCGUUUGGAUCGUGGGCCAUUCAUAUGUUUUCUGGGCGGCGCAGAGAGCUGAUUGCCGACCUGGGGGGAGGUCCCUCGGCUUCCGGGAGGUGGAUGUGGCCUGGAGAGGAAUCCGGGGUUUGCGAUGGGCUCAGCUCAUGUCUCAAGUGGUCGAGAUCGGUUCGCAGGCCAGUGGCCCGGUUGUUUUAGUUCUACAUGCUGGGGGGAACGAUAUGGGUUCUGUUCCCCUGGUGGAAUUGUUGGCCCUCAUCAGGUCCGAUUUGGAGCGUUUUCCAUCGUUUUUUCGUGAGGUGGUCCUGGUCUGGUCUGAGGUUGUUCCUCGGGUGGUAUGGCAGGGUGGGGAGGCAGUCGAGAGGUGUAGAAGGACGAUUAAUGCCCGUAUUUCCCGCUUCGUCAGGUCCCGGGGUGGUGUGGUUGUCAGACACAGACAGCUCGAGGGCGAUAACCGCUCAUUAAUGAGGCCCGAUGGGGUUCACCUGAAUGAGAUAGGUUUGGAUAUCUUCCUUUCAGGUAUCCAAGAUGGGGUGGAGCAGGCCAUGUUUUUGUUGGGUGGUGGUCGGAGCCCCGUUUGAGGGCGGUGCUCCUCCUUGGCGGCUAGUUAUUGCAGCAUAAAGGUGUUGGAGGAGAAAUGGGCGAAUCCGCCCGCUGGGAGACCAGCGGCUGGCGGAGAGCACGGUUCAAGGUUAUAGUUGCCGUUUGAAUAAAGCUGUGGCCGAUUACCACCCAACAAAAUAAAAGGUUAAAAGUUGAACGGUGUCAGUGUCGUUAUUGAAGGGGUUAGUUGGGGUGGUAUGCGGGGCUAGAGGAAGGUUUGGAGUUCCCCUUCCCAUUCCUUAUGGUGCCAACAGUCUGGUGGCCACCCGACGGCUUAGGGAGGGUGGGCAGGGACUGGUGGGCCCCCCUCCCCCCUGUUCCCCCCCCCUUUAGAACGUCUUCCUCUUAUGCCUGGGCAUGCAGGGGUUAAUGUAGGGUUCCGGUUAGGAGAGUGGGCGGUCAGCCGGGAGGGCAUAUAUGCCACUGUCCCGCCUUCCCUCUUCCUCUUUGAGCGGAAGCGCUUUGUCCCUCCCUCCCUCCCCUGUGAGUUGAUGGUUUGGUUUAUGGUUCGGAUGGUGUGCUCAGCAGUGAUUCUGGGGAACGGCUAUUGAGGCGGAGUGCCUCUUUGGAAUGUUUAAGUCACAGCUGGCGGCUAGUUAUUGCAGCAUAAAGGUGUUGGAGGAGAAAUGGGCGAAUCCGCCCGCUGGGAGACCAGCGGCUGGCGGAGAGCACGGUUCAAGGUUAUAGUUGCCGUUUGAAUAAAGCUGUGGCCGAUUACCACCCAACAAAAUAAAAGGUUAAAAGUUGAACGGUGUCAGUGUCGUUAUUGAAGGGGUUAGUUGGGGUGGUAUGCGGGGCUAGAGGAAGGUUUGGAGUUCCCCUUCCCAUUCCUUAUGGUGCCA